UUAAUAUAGACGUAGUUUUUUAAACUGGUAGCAGACAGUGAUCAGUUCAUUAUUAUUUUGUGAUUCUUUGUGAAAUGCUGACGAAAUUCAUUCUACUUGCGAUAAUUAUCGCCUCCUCUAAAGCUCAACGAGGUCAUUAUGCAGGUAGUCCUCAUCCAGUCCCAGAUACAGCUUAUAGAUUUCGACCGACGAGUACUGGUAGCAGUAGUGUAAAUACCAACCCCAAUAUAGCUAGUCCUAGCGGAAAUCCUAAUAUCAACCCGGUUGUAGGCAAUAGCAAUCCUAACCUAAACAGCAGAUUUAGUGAGAAUUUUGGUCAAGGUCAAUCCGACAACAGGUACUAUUCCAAUAAUAUGGAAUCCUGGCUAGAAGAUAACGGACCUUCCGAGUAUGUAAACCAGAGACCGAUCAAUACGCAAUAUGGAUUUGAAGGAAGAGAUUUUCCUUAUGAGGAUAAUCAGGAUAUUCGUGGAGGUAAUUCACCAAUAAGUUUUGGGGACAGUCGUUCUUUCCAAGUACUGAGGGGCGGUCAAAGAAAAAAUUACAUCUACAAUCCAGAACUAGAUGCCUGGUAUCCACUCUGAUUCUAAUUUCAUUAUAAUAUUUUUCUAACAAAUUGAUCUGAUUAUACAGGGUGUAACAGGUCAUAAAUUAAACCACAUAUUCUGGGACCAAAAAUAGUUCGAAUGAACCUAACUUACCUUAGUACAAAUAUGCACACAAAAAAAGUUACAGGCCUUUGAAGUUACAAAAUGAAAAUCGAUUUUUUCGAAUAUGUCGAAAACUAUUAGAGAUUUUUUGUUGAAAAUGGACAUGUGGCAUUCUUACGGCAAGAAUAUCGUAAAGAAAAAUUAUAGUGAAAUUUGUGCACCCCAUAAAAAUUUUAUGGGGGUUUUGUUCCCUUAAACCCCCCCCCCCCCCCCCAAACUUUUGUGUCCGUUUCAAAUAAAUUAUUAUUCUGGUGCCAUUAGUUAAAUUAAAUAUUUUUAAAACUUUUUUGCUUCUUAGUAUUUUUUCGAUAAGGCAGUUUUUAUCGAGUUGCGGCUUCUUUUUUAAUAUGUUUACAUAAAAAUUUUAUGAGGGUUUUGUUCCUUUAAACCCCCCAAAUGUUUGUAUACGUUCCAAUUAAACUAUUACUGUGGUACCAUUAGUUAAACACAGUGUUUUUAAAAUUGUUUGCCUCUUUGUAUUUUUUUUGAUAAAGCAUCUUUUAUCGAGAUGUGGCUUAUUUUUAAAUAUGGUUCAAAAUAUACCUAAAAAUGUAAAUCAUAAAUAAAUUUUCAUAUUAUUACCCAGUCUCCAUAAUCGUACCAUAUACAAAUAUGUGGUGGAUUUGACAAAUAUUCAAAUAUCUCGAUAAAAACUGACUUUUGGAAAAAGUACUAAGAGACAAAAAAGUUUUUAAAAACUUGUGUUUAACUAAUGGCGCUACAAUAAUAAUUAAAUUGAAACGUAAACAAAAGUUUGGGGGGGUUUAAAGGAAACAAACCCCCAUAAAAUUUUUAUGGGGUGUCCAAAUUUCAUUAUAUUUUUUUCUUAAAAUAAUACUGCCAUAACAAUACCACAUGUCCAUUUUUAUUAAAAAAAAAUUAAUAGUUUUCGAUAAAAGCAAAAUAUUAACAAAAACAACUAAAUUAAGGCUCUAUGAAACGUUAAUUAGACCGACAUUAAUGUAUGGAGCAGAAGUGAUGAAAAUGACCAAGAGAGACGAAGAAAAUUUGAGAAGAACUGAGAGAAAAAUAAUUCGGGCAAUAUUAGGACCAAUACAAACAGCAGAGGGUGAAUACAGGAGUCGAAGAAAUAUCGAAAUAAAUGAGGAAUUGAAGGGGCAAGAUAUAGUCAGUAGAAUAAAGAGACAAAGACUGAGAUGGCUUGGGCAUGUAUGGAGAGCAGGAGAAGAAGCGAUAAUAAACGUAGUGACACAGUGGUCCCCGACCGGAAGGAGACAAAGAGGAAGACCGAGGUCCAAAUGGCUGGAAGAGGUGAAGCGAGAUCUAGAGGGCAUGGGAAUUAGAAAUGCAGAAGAUAGGGCAAGAGACAGAAGAAGCUGGAACCGGAUAUGUAAUGCAGUUUAAAAAAGAGAAGAAUGGAGGACUGAUCCACCUCGAAAACAUGGAUCUAGAGAGCCUGUAAAGGCAGCGCUACCCCCACGGGGGUGUUUUAGCCACUAUAUAUAAUAGUUUUCGAUAUAUUGGAAAAAAUCUAUUUUCCUUUUGUAACUUCAAAGGGCUGUAACUUUUUUUCCGUGCACAUUUGUACUAAGGUAAGUUAGGUUCAAUCGAACUAUUUUUGGUCCCAGAAUACGCGAUUAAAUUUAUGACCUGUAUUUUUGUUACACCCUGUAUAAAUGUUCCUAAUAAAAACUGUUUUAUAAUGCGCCUAUUUUCCAGUAGGAUUAUACUACCUAAUACUACUAUACUAAAGAACGUUUAUUUAUUACAUUAUAAUUAGAUUACAUUAUAAUUUAAGACAUUUUUAUAUUUAUUAUUAAAUUUUACCAAGUAAAUUUAUAUGUAUAUUCCAAUGGCCAUUACGAGUAGUUGUCGAGGCAUUAAGCUAAAUAAA